AUAACUUCCUGAUAUUCUCGUCAUUUCGUAGUAAUUGCACAAUUUCUUCUUCUCUCUCUCUUCUUCCUUCACCAAAGCAGCUGCUUUUGCCAAACCCCUGUGACUUUGAGAGAGAGAGAGAGAGAGAAGAGAGAUCAUCAUCCAUGGGAAUACCUUAUUUUCUCCAAGUUUACCUUAAUCAGAACUCAUUUUCUUCUUCUUCUCCAUCUCCGAAAUCGAUCGUCGAUUUUGUCUUCUCGCCGCUAUUCUAAGCUUCUAAAGUUCACUUUUUUUUUCUCCUGAAUCAUUUGUUUGUUCUGUACAAACCUUAGAGGAAUCGGUAUAAAUCUAUUCUAAGCUGAAAAUUUUGAGAUGCCCAUUUCGUCUUCGUCAUGCUUAAGCUGAUUACCGCAGUCAAAGUCGUAUCUUGGUGUUUGGCGGCGCUCUCGAGCUUAGAUCAGUGUUUCCAUGGCUUAGUCUCUGAUCUUUCUACAGAUCUUCAUAACUCUCCGCUCACUGGGUUCUUAUCUGCUUUCUCUAAUCCUAACUUCUUCUUCGUCCGGAUUAUUUGAUUUCUUAAAAGCUGGAAAUUUACAGAGACUUCGACGAUUUAGCUGUGUUGUAGGAAGCUGGGAAAGAUGUUGAUCAGAGUUAUGCAUUAGAGUGAUUUGCUUUAGGAUUUCCACGGCACAGGGGAUUGAUUUUAGGGGUAUUGUUUGGUCAUUAGAUUAAAGGUUUUUAAGGGUUUCCACUGUCAUUGGUAUAUAGAGAUUGUUGCGUUGGGGUUGCUUUAGAACUUGAUUUAGGACAAAAGACUUUGACUUUGAACUGGCAGUAGUUAGUGUUUUUAUCUGAUGUAAAGGAGGGUUUGGAGCGUUUGAUGCUUGCCGAAUCAAUUUUAUUUUGAAAAAUGUGUGAGAAUGAUCAUCAUUUUGUCGAGUGGAAGGAGCAUUUUGUCUCCCAAGAGCGAGGGAACCGUGUUGUUCAUUACUUCCUCAAGGAUUCUGCCGGUGAAUCUAUCCUAGCUGUCAUUGGUACUGAGAGAAGUGUUAGGCACAUGUUCUAUGUUGUCUCUGAGGAGUUUGUGCGCAUUCAUGGUCCUGAGAAUUCAAUUCAUUCUGGCUUCAAAUGGAGGUCGAGAAGGGAAGUUGUGGAUUGGCUCACUUCAAUGCUGUCUAAGCAGAGUACACAAGGAAACUGGUCGAAGUCACCAAAAUGUGAGUCAGGGGAAUCUAAUGGAUCUCCCGAAUUUCCAAGCAAUGGAUUUACUGCUCAGCGAGCUCAAGCAAGUGAAGAGGUCCGUCUUCCCAUAAACUUGAUUAUUCACAGUUGGGAGAUUAUGUGGUCAGGAGCUCCUUGGAUGUGUGGUAAACAGCUCAAACAUUACCCAUCAUUUUGCAGAAAUGGGACAACAAUAGGGGUUCAAUCUUUUGUCUUUGUCUUGAGCAAAGGGGAGGAUCGGUACGUUGCAUAUCUGGAAGAUAUGUAUGAGGAUAAGCGUGGCCUAAAAAAGGUCAAAGUGAGGUGGUUUCACUACACAAAAGAAGUGAAGGGUGCAGUUGCUCUCAAGAACCCAAACCCAAAAGAGGUUUUUAUCACCCCUCAUUCACAGGUCAUCAGUGCAGAAUGUGUUGAUGGUCCUGCCACUGUCUUGACCCGUGAGCAUUAUGAGGAGUGUGUGGCUUCCUUUCCGAAUUCUUUAUUGGCAAGGGUACACAUGUGCUAUCGGCAACUCAGGAACAGCAAAGUUAAACCUUUUGAUUUGAGUAAAUUGCGUGGAUAUUUGGACCAACCGAUUAUGUCUUGCUUAAGUUCUAUGGAGGCUGGUCCUGUAGACUGUGCGAUGAAUAUAGAGGAAGAUGAAGAAUGGAGUGAGGGUGAGAAUGUAAUGGUUGGUGCUGAGAGAAGCAUGAAAAAACGAGCAAGAAUUAUGUCUGAUCAUCUGUUAACAACUUACGAAUCUUCAUGUAAGAGACUAAAACUUAAUGCCUCGGGCAAAAGAUUUCCUUCACCAACCAAUGUUCAGAAACAUCCUUGUUACAACGGAGUGGUUAAGACUGAUGCAAAAAUAGAGUUUCUGUGUCAAGAUAGCGGUAUUAGAGGCUGUUGGUUUAGAUGCACUGUCCUGGACGUAUCAAGGAAACAGGUAAAACUCCAGUAUGAUGAUAUAGAGGACGAGGAUGGAUAUGGAAACCUUGAGGAAUGGGUGCCGGCUUUUAAAUCUGCUAUGCCUGACAAGCUUGGUAUAAGGUUGUCCAACCGCCCAACAAUCCGACCUGCUCCUCGAGAUGUUAAAACAGCAUACUUUGAUCUUACAAUUGGUGAAGCUGUUGAUGCAUGGUGGAAUGAUGGUUGGUGGGAAGGUGUUGUAAUUGCCACUGGCAAACCGGAUACUGAGGACUUGAAAAUAUAUAUCCCUGGGGAGAACUUAUGCUUAACAGUGCUCAGAAAGGAUAUUCGGAUUUCCAGAGACUGGGUGGGAGAUAGCUGGGUUGAUAUCGAUCCUAAACCCGAAAUACUCGCUAUUGUAUCUUCUGAUAGUAGCUCGGAAUCCAAGCUUUCCAUGUUGUCCACUCUUUCAAAAGACACAAAGGCAAAACCCAGUGCUAUGCCAAAUAUUGUUGAGGAGGCAGAACCUGAAGGUGAGAAAGCGUACAAUUCCCUUUUAGGAGAACAGAACAAAGAGCAUAAAGAUGUGGUAGUUAAGGAAGAUGACGAAAACAAACUUUCAAAAGAAGAGGAUAAAGAGGUUGGAAGUAACGAAACUAAAACCUAUGUCAACCAUGAAAAUACCGUGGAGGACCACAAAGAAGAUGAUGUUACCCUUAAUGAUGAGAAGGCCCGCAAAUCAGAAUCAGUCUUCACCCUAUCAAAAACUACUACCACGCUGGUGACAACGUAAAGAUGCUUGCUUGAAGUCAUACAUAAUGAUGGUAAUUCUGGUACGUGCCACAUCUCUGGAAACGUUGAUGUUUCUUUUUAUGUAUAUAUAUAAAUUGACAUAGUUUGCAGAAAAAGUGAUUCUGGGUUUGACUUGGUUGGUGCUGAGGAGAGAGGAGUAGGUAAAGGUUGUAUAGAAAAUUGAAGAGGCAUGAUUUUGGUGGUUGCAUUUGUUUUAACCAAUCAUCUAAGCAUAGGAUUCAUUAGUACUGGUUGUUUUAGGUUUUAUUUAUGCAAUGUUUAUUAGGAGAAAAGGAUAUCCAUUUGUAUUUUGCCUUAUUGUCACAAAACUCCAUGUAAAACCACUUCGUAUCAGCUUGUAAGAAAUUUAGUUUAUCUAAAACC